AUGACCUCAGUCCCUACAUACUCAGGCCCAGCCGCGGCCGAGGAUGGUCUCGCUGCCUGGCUCCGCUACGCACGCAUCCCCGACGCAGCAGACCAUGUCAACAGCAUCCCCUCGACCGUGGUGGCCCUCAGCACCAACCAGUCCAGCCCCGUGUACACGGCCGGCGUGGAGCUGAAGCAAGGGCUCCUGGGGAUUCUGGGCAAGUCCGUCUCGGUGACCACUUCUCUUGCCCUCUCUUCCUCGCAGCAGCAGCAGAACGCCUCGACGUCUUCCAUCACAGUCGGCACUUUCGACGCCUACACCCAGGCAGGCGGUGCGGCUACCACCGCCAACACAUCCGCCCUUCUCCUCCAGGGCGAUGGGUUCUGGCUCGACACGACACAGGACGACAACGUCCUCAUCCUCUCCCACACGGAACGAGGCGCCCUCUACGGCACCUUCACGUACCUCGCAAAGCUGGCCCAGGGCAACUUCACGCCCGUCGCCUACGCCAGCAACCCCAACGCGCCCGUCCGCUGGGUGAACCAGUGGGACAACCUCGACAGCAGCAUCGAGCGCGGCUACGCCGGGGCCAGCAUUUUUUUUGCGGACGGCGUGGUGCGGCAGAACCUGAGCAGGGUCGCCGACUAUGCCCGCCUGCUGGCCUCGGUGGGGAUCAACGGUCUGAUCGUGAACAAUGUGAAUGCCGACGAGAACAUGCUCAACGACACCAACGUCGCGGGGCUGGGCCGCAUUGCAGACAUCAUGCGGCCCUAUGGCGUGCAGGCCGGGAUCUCGCUCAACUUUGCCAGUCCCAACGCCACCCUGGGCACCUUUGACCCUCUCGACCCGGCCGUGCAGGCGUGGUGGACCAACAUCACAGACUACAUCUACCAGACGGUGCCGGACCUCGCAGGGUUCCUGGUCAAGGGGGACAGCGAGGGCCAGCCCGGUCCCCUGUCCUACAACAGGACGCUGGCCGAGGGCGCCAACCUGUUCGCCAGGCCCACGGCCCCCUACGGCGGCGUCAUCAUGUACCGGGCCUUUGUCUACAACGACGAGCUCAACGAGACGGACUGGUACGCGGACCGGGCCAAGGCCGCCGUGGACUACUUCCAGCCGCUCGACGGCCAGUUUGACGACAACGUCGUGGUGCAGAUCAAGUACGGCCCCAUCGACUUCCAGGUGCGCGAGCCCACCAGCCCGCUCUUUGCCAACCUGGUCGACACCAACGUCGGCAUCGAGCUCGAGGUCGCCCAGGAGUACCUGGGCCAGCAGUGCCACCUGGUCUACCUGCCGCCCCUGUGGAAGACGGUGCUGGACUUUGACCUGCGCGUCGACAACCAGACCUCGCUCGUGCGUGACAUUGUCGGCGGCCGCCGCUUCAACAGGACCCUCUCUGGCUCUGCCGCUGUCGUCAACGUCGGCAUGAACGCCACCUGGCUCGGCAGCCACCUGGCCAUGUCCAACCUGUACGGCUAUGGCCGUCUCGCCUGGGAUCCUGCUCUCGACCCGGAGCCCAUCCUCCAGGACUGGAUCCGCCUGACCUUUUCGUCCGACGACACUGUUGUCGACACACUCACUGAGAUGUCCAUGUUGUCCUGGCCCGCCUAUGAGAACUACACGGGCAACCUGGGCAUCCAGACCCUGACCAAUAUUCUGGGCAACCAUUAUGGGCCUAAGCCUCAGUCGCAGGAUGGAAAUGGCUACUGCCAGUGGACCCGCGCAGGCCCAACAAUGGUAGGCAUGGACCGCACCGUCUUCAACGGCACAGGCAACGGCACAGGCUACAGCGCCCAGUACCCGCCCCAGGUGUACCAGCAAUACGAGGACAUAGCCACCACUCCCGAUGACCUGCUUCUCUGGUUCCACCACGUCCCCUGGACCCAGCCCCUCCACUCGGGCACCACCGUGAUCCAGCACUUCUACGACGCCCACUACGCCGGCGCCCAGACCGCUCAGGACCUCGUGCGCAUGUGGAGGUCCCUCGAGGGCCGCCCCGGCGUCGACCCCCAGCGCUACGGCGAGGUCCUGCACAGGCAGGUCUACCAGGCCGGCCACGCCCUCGUGUGGCGCGACAGCAUCGUCGACUUCUACUACAACAUGACCUCCCUCCCCGACGCCCAGGGCCGCGUCAUGCACCACCCCUACCGCAUUGAGGCCGAGGACAUGACCCUCGACGGGUACGAGAUUCUCUACGUCGAGCCAUUUGAGGCCGCCAGCGGGUACAAGGGCAUCAUGACCACCACCAACGACACCGCCGGCACUGCCACCGCCCUGGUUUCCUUCGACACUGGUGUCUAUGACCUCGCUGUCAACUACUUCGACGUCAUCGGUGGCAGGGCCCGCUGGGAGGUCUUCCUUGGGAAUAGGUCCGUCGGCUCCUGGGUCGGCGAUAUGGAGGACACUCUAGGCCACGCCCCGAGCCAGCUUCCCGAUGAGAGCGCCGCCACCAGGAUCACCUUUACGGGCGUCAGCGUCACCAAGGGUGAGGAGCUCAAGCUUGUGGGGACCCCCGAGGGUAUCGAGGCUGCUUUUGUGGAUUAUGUCAGUUUCCUGCCGCAGGGAAUUAUAGACUAG